ACGCAACUAAUUGAUAUGAUAUAUCAUUCGUGUUUGUCCACGGCGCCCGCGCUCGCCAGUCUUGCCUUGCGCGCCGAGUCAGAAACUCGCACCAUGUCCGAAACGAAACGCUUCACGCGCGCCGAGAUUUCCUCAUACAACAAAAAAGACAACAACGUUUUCAUCGUCCGCAACCACGUUUACGAUGUCAAAGCGUUCCUCGACGAACAUCCCGGCGGUCAUGAGGUCCUAGUCAGAGUUGUUGGUAAAGACGCCACGGAGGAUUUCGACGAUAUUGGACACAGUUUAGACGCUAAGGAGUUAAUGAAGAAAUACAGGGUUGGUGAGCUGGUCGACGAGGAAAAAACGCCAGAGAAAAACCAACCGAAACACAGUAGUAAAAGUAAUGUCACUGGCGUCACUGCAGUUAAAGAAGAACAAGGUUUUCUGGCCACUUGGAAGCUGCCUAUAUUCCUUGGGAUCAUAGCGACAGUAGUUUGGCAAUUCUUUUUCAAUUAGUGAAGUGUCUUUUGUAUUUUAAUAAAUUUAUAUUUUUAAACCAAUCGUUUUGGACGUUACUGCAGUAGAUAGCGAGCUAAUUAGUUAUCUAAUCUGCUUCGA